AAUAUUAGUAGUUCGAAAAACAAGAAAAAAAAAUGGAAAUGCCAAGAGUAGCUGCUGCUUUGGCACUAGCACUUAGCCUCAUCUUUGUGAACAUGGCUAGCCAAUGCAGUGGUCAGUUGCAGUUUGGAUUCUAUAAUGGAAAAUGCAAGGACAGAAAUGGCUUUCAGAGAAAUGUUGAGGAUAUUGUCAAGCAGAAAGUAAAGGCAAGAUUCAGUACAGACACAACAAUAGUGGCUGCUCUUCUUCGCAUGCAAUUUCAUGACUGUUUUGUCAAUGGAUGUGAUGCAUCUAUAUUACUGGAUGUGCCAAAUGGUGAGAAAACUGCACCUCCAAAUUUAAGUGUGAGGGGCUAUGACUUCAUCGAGGAAAUAAAGACGGAAAUUGAAAAUACAUGCCCGGGAGUCGUCUCUUGUGCUGAUAUUAUAGUAAUGGCUACCAGAGAUGCUGUUGUCGAGAGUGAUAUGAAGUCAAGGACAGGAUGGUACCCUGUACAAACAGGAAGAAGAGAUGGUCGUGUAUCUUCUGCUCAAAAUGUGAAACUCCCAUCUCCAAGUAUCCCAAUUCCUCAAGCUAUUGCAGCAUUUAAUAGCAAAAGACUGAGCACUAUUGACAUGGUUUAUCUUCUUGGAGGUGGUCACAGUGUCGGGGUAGCACAUUGUGGUUUAUUCCAAAAUCGUCUUUAUGAUUUCAAGAACACUGGCCACCCUGAUCCAACCAUGAAUACAACACUACUGAAAACCCUACAAACUCUUUGUCCUCAAAAUUCUGGCAGUACCAACUCAGCUAAUCUCGACCAGGAUCCUCUCAAGUCUUCUUCAGUGGACAAAUCUUACUACGAGCAAAUACGUUUAGGUAAUGGGAUUCUCGAAGUUGAUCAGCAGCUAGCUCUGGAUUCAAACACCAGAUUCUCAGUGGCAAGAAUAGCUGAAAGCAACGACUUCAGCUUUCAAUUUGGUCGGGCCAUGAUUAAGUUGGGAGCUGUUGACGUCAAGAUUGGCAAAGAUGGGGAGAUCAGGAAAAGAUGCGCAGCUGUUAAUUCACCUAAUGGAAAUUCUGGUGGAAAUAUUUUUAAUAUAUUCGGUUGAUUAUACUUGUCAUCCGUCAACUAAUCUGCUUUCAUCCUUGUUUAUUGAUGCCCUUUUUGUUUUCUUGUUUUAUUUCAUGUUUCUUUAUGUUAUUCUUUUUUGUAUUUAUUAUUUGUUGUAAUCUUGUUCUGAUUGAAUGAAGCAAGCAUCAAAAUU